AUGCAGUCUGGGGAUAAUACUGGAGAGCAAUGGCUUCUUCUGCUACCUCGUCCGCCCCCUGACGUAUCCUUCCACACCUUGAAAGUAGCCUACCGUCCCAGCCUCACAGCGGCAUUAAAGGAUGCUUCAAAGGUAACGAAACGAGCAAAUGCGUGUACAGUCCUGGAAGUCGGCGUUGCUUUCGAUGUACGAAUGAUCACGAAAUAUUUCGUUAUGCAGACGUUCUUUUCUUUGAUGUACAAGUUGAGUUGUGUCGUUUCUUCAGGCCUUCAGAUUGAUCUACAGUAUGACAAUGAUGUCGACGUGCGUUUCUUUCUUUUUGCAGACUCUAGUUGUCAGGAUGUACAGGCCGAGAAAACUUCAUUAUUCAACCUCGUCGAGCUGAAGGCGCUUGCUGAAUACCAAAAAGCAUGGACCACUCUAUGCUCUGAGGAGAGCGAGAGCGGUGAAGGUCUACUCCAAUCAUUUCUUCAUUAUCGUAGCCAUGCAAAUUUCCAGACUUUACCACCACUUCAGGUGCUCAGAGUCCCGGCCGGAUUGAGUCUAAGGAUUGAAAGCAGUCCCUCGCAGGUGAGCUUGGACUCACCGGAACAAGUGACUGGUGUGGGUCCUCAACAUCGGUCAGUAGCCGUUGGCGGGACCUUUGACCAUUUACAUGCUGGGCAUAAAUUGUUAUUGACUAUGACUGCGCUGGCUCUUUUUCCUGUCCUCAACCAAGAAGACACCCAUGACUUUCGUCUGACAGUGGGUAUCACUGGCGAUGACUUGUUAAAGAAUAAGAAGCAUCGCGAGCAACUGGAAAGUUGGGAGCAACGUCAAAGUUCCGUAAGCACCUUCUUACUCAAUUUCCUACAAAUCUCGCUUCCAGGGGUUGCCCUAAACACCAAAGGCAAGCAAGCGGCCAUCAAAUCAGAAGCCAAAGGAAUGAUGGACGAGCUCAGCCUGGGGCUUCGUAUCAAUUACGCCGAGAUACUUGAUCCUUUCGGACCCACUGUUGAAGAUCCGAAUAUAUCAGCCCUUGUGGUAUCAGCAGAGACGAGGGCCGGCGGUGAAGCAGUCAACAAGAAGCGAGAGGAGAAAGGAUGGGCUGCUCUUGAGGUCUUCGAAGUCGACGUACUAGACAUGGAAGAGACCGAAGCCCCUCCAGGCUCAGAGGUACGAUCGGAAGAUUUCCAGGCCAAGCUGUCAAGUACAGAGAUCAGAUCACGCAUAAGCCACAGAAAAGCAAAGGCAACACCUGCGCAGCAUUGA